AUCGGCUUCGCACUACCUCCCGCGGUGCGGGACAGCUUCUUGUGUUACAAUGGACAAGAACUCGAGUCUAACCAGAGCUGCUCGGAUGGUCUCUUCUUCGGCUUGCCCCUUCUCAGUCUUGAACAGAUCGCAGAAGAAUGGAAGUUCUGGCGAACCGUCGACGAAGACCCUUCAGCCGGUGCCAACGACGAGGUCAAAGGCUGGAUGACCAGUUGCCCAGCAGGAUGGGUCCGCUCCGAGUACAGCUGCAGAGGGUGGCUGCCCCUGAUCACAGAUCAUGUGGGAAACUACGUAGGAGUAGAUCUCAGCCCUCCCGCUAGCGGCGGUGGCGCCCCCGGGCAGGUCAUUCUUUUUGGGAGGGACUUUGACACCAAGGUGGUGCUCUGGCGUGGCGAGGGUGAGGGAGGAUGGGGUCGCUUCCUUCAGUUUAUCGCUGAAGAGCUCGAGAGCGGAGACAUGUGGAGCCUCGAGGCGCAAAGUCAGAGCAGCGAUGACGAGGAAGAUGGCAUUGGCUACGAGAGCUACUUUUCCAACGGCGGCUCCGGAACAGGCAGAGGCGGCGGUGACCGUGCUGGUGAAGGAAGCGCUGGCUUCAGGCUCCGAGGCGACUACAAGGGCUGGCCAGCGCUC